AUGGAACCUUUUCAAGUGACCACGCCCAUUCUAAAACUCCUUAUUCACCUACAGAAGUAUAUUAAGAAGUCUUCUGUAAAAUCUCUUCGUAUUACCGAUAGCACUAUUGAAUUUCUUGAUAGGCAAGGAGACCAGGUUCCUAUUAAUUUAGCACCAGAAAUUAAUAAUGAUUUAGUGGAAACUCGUAUGCCUCUCUUUAUUGAGGAUCUUCGUCGAAUCGGUGAUCCUGCGAAAGAACUUUGUAAGAUCGAAGGUACAAGUUGGAACCAACAAAUAGAUUAUCUUUGCAUUCGAAUCCAACUCUAUCGAUUAGAUCGUACUAUCUUGCUCCAGCAUUAUUAUCAGUUGGGAGAAAGAUUAGCGAUGUAUGAUUGGAGUGAAGAAGUUAAGAGAGAAAUGAAGGAUCGAUUUACCUAUCGAAGUUAUAAAAAUACAUUGAGGAUUACUCAUCGUGUUUAUAGUCUUUAUUACAUAUGUGAUGCCCAUAAUUUACUGACUACUUGUCAUUUAUCCACUAAUAUUUUAUUAGAAAUGAAUAUUGAAAAUUUUAAUAUAUUACUGAAAGAAGCUCGAUUAGGGAGUCAAAAGGAAAUUGAAUAA